AUGAAUGCGAAGGUAUUGGAAUUGGCGAAUGAAUUAAAACUAUUAAUUGAAUCGAUUUACCCAAAAUAUGAUUUAUUAUGUAAAUCAAGUUACCAUCAUUUUAAUGGUAGACAAAUUAGAAUGACAAAUAUCUUAAAUGGAUUACUGGGAACUUUAAAAUUAAUAAUAAAGUGUACUGAUUGUAAUAAAAAAAUAAUGGGAAUUAAGGCAUGGAAUCAAUUUAAUAUUGAUUUGCUAAAAGAUGAAGAUGAUCUUAUCUAUUAUUUAUUAGAGAAAACAAUUGAUUUAUUAAUAGUACUUUCCGAUAGAUUAGAAAAAAAAAAUGAAAAAGAAAGUAAAAAGUUAAUUCAAGAAUCAUAUGAAAUUCUGACUCACAUAGAUGUUAGAUUAAAUAGAAUUGUAUUAUGCAAUGGUUGCAAAGAAAAGAAAAUCAUUGAUUUAGCAGAAUCAAAACGCAAAGGGAUCAUUAAAUCAGAGAAAUACUUGUCAGAUUCAAAAAAUUAUAAACACCAUUUAAAUGCAUUCUAUACUAGUCGCCCGCUUGGUAGAUUAAUUAAGCGGGCUAAUUUACAACCUACAUCAAUAGAUUUUGAUGAUGAUUCAUCAAAUAACAACAUUCAACCAAAUACUUUAAUUGAAUACAAUCUUGACAGUGAUGCUUCAGUAUAUAUGCCAAUGCAUAUGUAA